AUGGCUUCUUCUUCUUCUUCAUCUUCUUUUCGAACGUGGAGACACCGUGUCUUUGCGAGUUUCCAUGGGCCAGACGUCCGUAAAACAUUUCUGAGUCAUUUAAGCAAACAGUUUAACUAUCAUGGUAUUACGAUGUUCAAUGAUCAAGGUAUUGAGAGAAGCCAAACCAUCGCGCUUGAACUCACCCGAGCGAUUAGGGAAUCGAGGAUCUCGAUCGUUGUGUUCUCCAAGAACUAUGCCUCAUCAAGCUGGUGUUUGGAUGAGUUAUUGGAGAUUUUGAAGUGCAAAGAAGAUAUAGGGCAAGUAGUGAUGACUGUCUUCUAUGGAGUAGAUCCAUCUGAUGUGCGGAAACAGACGGGAGAAUUCGGGAGUGUUUUCAAUGAAACAUGUGCUCCUAAAACAAAGGAGGAUAAAACAAAAUGGAGCCAAGCUUUGAACGAUGUUGGCAACAUAGCCGGCGAACAAUUCCUAAACUGGGAUAAUGAAGCAAACAUGAUUGAGAAGAUUGCAAGAGAUGUUUCAGAAAAGUUAAAUAAUACACCAUCAAGGGAUUUUGAUGACAUGGUUGGACUAGAGGAUCAUAUGACGCAAUUGCAGUCAUUGUUACAUUUGGAAUAUGGUGGAACUAUGAUGGUUGGCAUCUCUGGUCCUGCAGGCAGUGGUAAGACUACUAUUGCUAGAGCUUUGCAAAGCUUACUCUCUGAUAGGUUUCAACUUACUUGUUUUGCGGAAAGCCUUAGGGGGAUCUAUCAUAGUGAUCUUGAUGAGUAUGGCUCAAAAUUGCGUUUACAAGAACACUUUCUUUCAAAUCUUUUGAAGCAAGACGGUACGAGGAUAUGCCAUUUAGGUGUAAUACGGGAAAGGUUAUGCGACCAGAAAGUGCUUGUCAUUCUUGAUGAUGUGAAUGAUAUAAAGCAAUUAGAAGCUUUGGCUGAUGAAACUACAUGGUUUGGUCCUGGAAGUAGGAUUAUUGUGACAACCGAAAACAAAGAUCUUUUGCAGCGACAUGGUAUCAAUAAUAUGUACAAUGUGGGGUUUCCAUCUGAUGAGGAAGCUCUCAAGAUCUUAUGUAGAUAUGCUUUUAAACAAAGCUAUCCAUAUAAUGGUUAUAAAAAGCUCGCAAAAAGUGUAACACAGCUUUGUGGUAACCUUCCACUAGGUCUACGAGUGGUGGGUUCUUCUUUACAUGGGAAAAAUGAAGACGAAUGGGAAUACGUAAUACGCAGGCUAGAAAGUAUUCUUGAUCGAGACAUCGAGGAUGUGCUAAGAGUCGGCUAUGAAAGUUUAGCUGAGGAUGAACAAACCCUCUUUCUCUACAUUGCAAUAUUCUUCAACUAUAAAGAUGGAGAUCUUAUAAAUGCCAUGCUUGCUGACAAUAACUUGGAUAUCAAACAAGGAUUGAAAAUUUUAUUAAAUAAAUCUCUCAUAUAUAUAUCAACUGAAGGGGAAAUAGUUAUGCACAAGUUACUUCAACAAGUAGGUAGACAAGCCAUUCAUAGACAAGACCCUUGGAAACGCCAAAUCUUAAUUGAUGCUCGAGAGAUCUGUGAUGUCCUUGAAAAUGAUACGGGUACUCGAGCUGUGUCGGGUAUAUCCUUUGAUACAUCAGGAAUCAAAGAAGUGAUUAUUAGCGACCGAGCUCUUAGAAGAAUGCGUCAUCUUCGAUUUCUCCGUGUUUACAAGACAAGAUAUGAUGGAAAUGACAAAGUGUACAUACCUGAAGAGAUGGAGUUUCCAGCUGGUCUAAGGUCAUACCCAAGAAAGACUCUCCCUCUUAAAUUUUGCCCAGAAAAUCUCAUUGAACUCCACAUGCGGGAUAGCCAGCUCGAGAAGUUAUGGGAAGGAACUCAGAUGCUGAAUAAUCUUAAGAAUUUGGAUUUGUCAUGGUCUCGACAGUUGAAGCAACUCCCAAAUCUUUCAAAUGCUACAAAUUUGGAGAGAUUGAGCCUGACUAGAUGCGAGAGUUUAGUUGAACUUCCACUCUCUAUUGGGAAUUUACAUAAACUAGAGGACUUGGAGAUGUUUGGCUGCUCACGGUUGAGAAGUUUCCCAAAUCUUACUACCAACAUUGACACAAAGGACGAAGCAGUGCAUGUGUCAACAAGGAACUUGUCUCGUCCUUUCACUCCCACGAGAGUAAGGCGUCUAAAUCUAAGCUAUACUAAUAUUGAGGAGAUUCCAGAUUGCAUCAAAAGUUUUAUGAGAUUGCAAUGCCUAUAUCUUUCUGGCUGCAAAAAACUCGCAACAUUACCCGAGCUCCCAAGUUCACUCACAUUGCUAAUGGCUAACGGUUGUGAUUCAUUGGAGAGAGUAACUUGCCCUCUAAACACUCCGAAUGCGAAACUCAUUUUCACCAACUGCUUUAAACUUACUGAAUCACGGAAAGCAAUUAUACAACAAUCAUUUCGUGAUGGCUUUGCAUGCUUACCUGGAAGAGUAAUGCCUGCAGAGUUCAAUCAAAGAGCAAGAGGGAAUUCCUUGACCAUUCAACGUGGGGAUGGUAGUACGUUUUCUCCAUUCUCUAGAUUUAAGGUUUGCGUCACAGUUUUACCAAAUCAACGGAAAAGAGGAUACCGAUAUCUUGGUUUAUGGGGUCGUAUAACAGGCAAAAGCGGAUCUACCUAUUACAAAAACCCUUGUGUAUCCCCCAGAAUUCAAAUGGAACAUCUAUGUAUAUUUCAUUGUGAUUUUCCUGAAGAAGAGAUAUCCCUUGGAGCGGGCAGCGAUAUAUUGUUUGAACUUAAAAGCCGACUAAACAACUGCAAGUUUGUUGAAUGUGGUGUACGAAUCUUGACAACCGAAUCAGGUAGAAGUUGCGAUGGGAGCAAUGAUUCUCGAGUAUAG